UCAAGUAAGCAGUAGUGCUGGGAUUUUUUCCACCUUCAUUUGUGAGCUGGGGUGCCAUUUAUCUACAUUUGCUAUGUCCUUUUUUCAUUCCCCACAUCUGAUUUGUCACCAAAUUCUAAACUCGUGUGGUUAAGUGGCUUUUCGGAUGGGCUUUUCGGUUGGCCCAUCCUCUCACACUGGGCCCAUGGCAGCCCUCUAUUUCCAGGCAGAGGCCAUUAUGUACAGCUCUCAAAUAAUCACCAAAGCGAGUGUAACUUGGUUCCUGUGUCAUUUUCCUGGCUUUAUUCUUACACACACUUCACAUAUUCAGUAUGUACUAGCCUUAAUGAACUACCUAUAACGGGCCAUGUUCUUUCACUUCUUUAAUCUCUUAAACAGGCUUCUCCCUUUUUCUUUGCCCCUGGAAAAUACCUACUCAAAGAUCCUCAAGAUUCAACCUGGCUGGGCUCCUUUCAUCACAUGGUUUUCUACUUUUAAAAUCCAAAAAGCAAAUCAGCCACAAGGUGGCAGCAUAAUGCUAGAUUAACCACUGAAUGUGUGGCAGUGGUUGUAAAUUACAACCUAGCAUUCAUUUUACAUUGUGGAAUUACUGAGCAACAGGGAAUAAACUUUGUAGUCCAUUCGUAGUUUUUAUAGUGGUUUUCAGAAGUUGCUUCUUGAAUCCUUAGGAUUUCCCAGGUUCUCUAGCCCCUAUUUCAACUAGAAAAGUUUUUGAAUUUUGUUUUAUAUCCAGGUGUUCCAAUCUGGUCCUUGCAUUUGACAAAAUGGGAAGCUGAAGCCCAGAAAGGCAACUUGACUAAGGUCGUAAGGCUAACCGUGGAGCCCAGUCUUCUUAUUUUUGGUUUCCCAGGGCUGCCAUCAGAGACCCCAGGCAUUGUGGUAGAAAGUCCAUAAGAGUAUGAAGUAAAGAGCCUUCCUGGCCAGGUACCUUGGCUCACACCUAUAGUCCCAGCACUUGGGGAGGCUGAGGGAGAGGAUCUCUUAUAGCCCAGGAGUUUGAGGUUGCAGUGAGCUAUGAUGACAACACUACCCUCCGACUUGGAUGACCCUAUUUGAAAAAAAAACGCCAAAAACCCAACAAGAGCAUUCUUGCUUUUGUUUCUUUGCAACUACUCUGUUGGUAACAAACUAAUAAUACAGAAUAUAAUGUGUAUAUUUUACUAUGUAUAUGCUUUAAAUCCAUCUAAAGUAAUCUCUCUAAAGCUAAGCUUUAUGUUUUUAUUUUUCACUAUGUAUCACCUAGCAGGAAUUUCUGCAUUUGGAACUCAUCUUCGUCAAACACUGGGGGUUUGUCAAGUGCUGGGCACAGAGGACCCUUAGCUUACAUAAGGCUUUGUCCUUGCCCCUGGGAGAAAUCUAGCAGGAGUCUGGUAGGAGGGAUAGCCCCGUAGAAAUGGAUACUUUCUAAUAUAAUGUGGUGAGUAUAGAGAGCUGUGGGGGCAUAAAGGAAGACUUGAGUCUGAAACUGCUGGGUUAUCCGUGGUAUUAGAGCACUCUUCCGUCUUGCUUCACAUUAAACUUUCAGAAAGUACUUGUUCCUAUUCUGACAACAAAAGUUGUCUGCCAGAAGCAUAUUUUGUGAGGUGAGGUAGAACUCUAAUAUAUUUUCUCCUUAAAAUUGAAGAGCAAGGAAAUUUCUAAAGGAAGCAAUAUGUUAUUAAUUUUUAUUUUAUUUGGGAAUAAGGCUAUCUUUAGUCACAAACUCCUCAAUUUUCUAUGUUUGCCUGUACUUCAGAUUACUUUCUAUGAAGACAAAAAUUUUCAAGGCCGCCGCUAUGACUGUGAUUGCGACUGUGCAGAUUUCCACACUUACCUAAGUCGCUGCAACUCCAUUAGAGUAGAAGGAGGCACCUGGGCUGUGUAUGAAAGGCCCAACUUUGCUGGGUACGUGUACAUCUUACCUCAGGGCGAGUACCCCGAGUCCCAGCGCUGGAUGGGCCUCAAUGACCGCCUCAGCUCCUGCAGAGCUGUUCAUCUGCCUAGUGGAGGCCAGUAUAAGAUUCAGAUCUUUGAGAAAGGGGAUUUUAAUGGUCAGAUGUAUGAAAGCACCGAAGAUUGCCCUUCCAUCAUGGAGCAGUUUCACAUGCGAGAGAUCCACUCCUGUAAGGUGCUGGAGGGUGUCUGGAUUUUCUAUGAGCUACCCAACUUCCGUGGCAGGCAGUACCUCCUGGAGAAGAAGGAGUUUCGGAAGCCCGUCGAGUGGGGUGCGGCUUCCCCAGCUGUCCAGUCUUUCCGCCGCCUUGUGGAGUAAUGGUGUGAAUGGGGCCGUUGACGUCUUCCUGGGGCCCAAAUGCUGGCUGGCCUUUUGGUCCAAAUAGGCAUCAUAAAUAAAACAGUUGGCAUGCAUCCCA